AUGUCAAGGAUGAAGUUGUUGUGGAGUACAUUGAAGGAGUUGGCAACGAAGCAUCAGACACUCACUCAGGCCAGCAAGCAAGUGACCGAGAGAUGCAAAGAACUUCACGAGUUGAUCAUCCUCCAAGAACACAGGAUCAACUCACAGAUCAAUGACAGAGUGCAUCAAACAUCAUCAGCAAUCAAUGACAUCAUCAAUGAGAUUGAGAGCAUCAACAAUGUGUUCAGAUCAUCAAAGAAUAAGAUCAACGAUGGUAUGGAGAUGGACAACAUCGUUCAAUUAAUCACAUCAAGUACAACGAUUGACCAAUUCAUCGAUCAAUCAUUCACAUCAACAUCACCCAAUAGUGAUCAACCAAUCGAGAUCAGCAAUAGUAGCAAUGAGUUGUUAGCAUUGGUACAACAGAGUGUUCGACUAAAGUAUGAAUCACAUUUUAAACAUAUCCCAAGAUGUUUGGUGGACAUUGAUCACGACACAUUGGAUGGCAUCAAACAUCAACUUCGAACUUGUUUCGAACUUCUGGAGGAGACAGCCCACAAUCGCAAUUGUUUAAUGGUCAUCAGUGAAGCGACCAUUUCAAUCUACUCACCAUUUUCUGACACAUGGUCGUUGCUUGAUCACAAACCAAAGAAAUGGGAAACCUCGCUUACAUCUGUAUAUGCUCGUGGCAAAGUGUACCUGUUCAGUGGUAAUGAGGAGCCAUCCACAUUCGCCUGGUACUCACUAGAUGACGGUCAAUGGUACAACUAUGAUAUAUUAGAGGACAAUUCUGACGAUUAUGAAGCAGCGUCGUACUAUGAUGGAGACAAACUGAUCUACAUCGCUACCACAGACGACGAGGAUGAGUCGUGGAUCUACACGUUCAAUAUAGAGACACAACAGUUCUCUUGUAUAGGCCAGCUACCGAUGUAUUGCGAUUCUCGUUAUCACUUUGUCAUAAACAAUCAACUUAUAUUUGUGGAUGCAGUGCUCAACCGCAAAGAUGAAGAAGAUAGCAGCCAAACGGUUGAAUUCUUCAACCUGGCAACACUACAGAUCGAGAAGUCAUACCCAUUGCCAUGGCCAGUCAAUACAUGCUGCUUUGAUGGCAAGGACAUACUUUACAUGCUAUCCAUGGUUGGCGAAUUCCUCAGCAUAUCAUUGGUAACUGGAAAGAUCACCCAUCGGGCCUCUCCACCCGGUCCAGUUGAGACAAACACUCUUUCUUGUGGUCCUGAAAAGGGAACACUCAUACUUCUUCAAGGUCCCAACAAGAACUUCCGGUACUCAAUUCGUAAGAAUGAAUGGACAUGUAUUGCUGAUAAUAUCGACCUCUUUGAUCGAGAUGAAAACUUUAUUCCAUUGGUAUUGAGCGAUAGACCAUUCAGAAGAUAA